AUGAGCGAGUUCCGCGUGUUUGAAGAACAGAGCCACGCACAAGCGUGUAGGCACGAGGAUCACGGAGAUUCUCGCAAUGGCGAAACUCGACAUAGACGAUCUAAGAGUGCUUCUGAAAGGAAUUUGAAAAACGAAAGAGGUGGAGCCUCGCAUCCAGUUGAGAAAGACCACAACGAAUCCCUUGUUUCAACACCUUCAGUGAGUGCUGCUAGGUUACGGAGUCCUUCGCAUGACAAUCUCACUUAUGUAAACAAGAAUACAUUUUCAAGUCAUAGAGCAUCCUUAGAGAAAGAUGUUGAGCAACUACAGUUACGCCUACAACAGGAGAGGUCCAUGCGCAUUCUGCUUGAGAGGGCGAUGGGUCGAGCUUCGAGCACUCUAUCUCCUGGACACAGGCACUUUACUGCCCAGACAAAAAACUUGAUUGCUGAAAUCGAGCUACUGGAAGAAGAGGUUACAAACCGUGAGCAGCAAGUACUUUCUCUCUACAGAAGUAUUUUUGAACAAUGUGUUAGCCGGCCACCUUCUCAACAAAGUUCUGCUAUUGCUUCACCUGCUCAUACAAGGCAAGGAUCUAGGAAGCAUCCGAGUGUAAUUUCAAGUGCAUUCUGUUCGUCAAAAAAAUUCCCUCUACGACCCCUCCAAGCUCUAGUUUCUAAUAACGACUUGAGGAAUAGAUUCUUUGGGUCUAUUCACACUCCCUUAUCCCGUGGCAAAGGCAACAAUUAUUUUGAAAAGACUUGUUCUGAUUCCACCAAGGCACACGAAAAGUUUUCUUCAAUUGAGAAAACUCCAAUUAUACGAACUUUGAAAGACCAUCUGUAUCAGUGUCCAAGCAAGCUUUCUGAGGAAAUGGUGAGAUGCAUGGCGACUGUAUAUUGCUGGCUUCGUAGUGCAACCUCUGUAAAUACUGAAAAUGGUAGGUCACCAUUAUUGUCAAGGUCAUCCACUAAUGCUAUACAGCCUCGACAUGGUAUUGGAGACGAUUGUGACUGGUCUUGCAAAUCAUCAGUUGAAAUUUCAUGGAUAUCUACUCAUAAACGUCAUUCUUCUCACGCUUCUUAUGCCAUCAACAAUUACAGAGUUUUAGUUGAGCAACUAGAAAAGGUGAAUGCCAGUCAAAUGGACAGCGAUGCGCAAAUUGCGUUCUGGAUCAAUGUACACAAUGCUCUUGUGAUGCAUGCAUAUUUAGCAUAUGGAAUUCCCCAGGGCUCUCUCAGGAGGCUAGCCUUGUUUCACAAGGCUGCUUACAACAUUGGCGGUCAUAUCGUAAGUGCAAAUGCCAUAGAACAAAUGAUAUUUUGCUUCCGAACACCUAGGAUUGGACGGUGGCUUGAAAGUAUUGUAUCUGCUGCCCUGAGGAAGAAAAGUGGUGAAGAAAGACAACUUCUCAGUUCCAAAUUGGGUCUUAUUAAUUCCCAGCCCCUUGUCUGCUUUGCCCUUUGUACUGGAGCCUCGUCAGAUCCUGUGCUAAAGGUUUAUUCAGCAUCAAAUAUAAAUGAAGAACUAAAUAUUGCCAAGAGGGAGUUUCUCCAAGAAAAUGUAAUAGUGAAAAAGUCAAGAAAAGUUUUUCUACCAAAAUUAUUGGAAAGAUUUUCUAGAGAAGCAUCAAUAAGCAUAGAUGAUCUCUUUGGAUGGGUCAUGGAGAGUGUUGACAAGAAGCUGCGUGAUUCAAUGCAGAAGUGCCUUAAUCCUAAAUCCACCAAAAAGCCAUCUCAGAUCAUAGAAUGGUUGCCUUUUAGUUCAAGGUUUCGGUACGUGAUUUCCAAGGAUGUCAUGGACAAGCCUUGGUAG